AAUUAAAAAAGAUCAAAUUGUAAUAUUCUCUAUUAAGUACAGCGUGAAUGACCACCAACUAACAUUUUGUUUAUAAAUAUAAACGGAUCUUUCAUGUAUUUAUGAGAACGAUAUUUUUUCUAGUGUUCACAAGAAUAAUAGUUGCUCUUCAGUCUAUCGUAUGGAGAGUGAUAGCCAAUCCCACCCUCUCCUCACACCGCUAAAUAGUUCACAGCGACAACAAACCAUCAGUACUGCAGUUUUCACCGCCAAAUCCGAUGAUAUUCCACCGAUCACCGGCGCCGGAACCUUCGCCAGAGAGUUCCUCAAUGAGUCGAAGAAACUCUGGUACCUUGCCGGCCCCGCGAUCUUCACCUCCAUCUCUCAAUACUCGCUCGGCGCUGUUACUCAAGUCUUCGCCGGUCAAGUCGGUACUCUCCAACUCGCCGCCGUCUCUAUUGAAAACUCCGUCAUCGCCGGUUUCUGCUUAGGCAUCCUGUUAGGAAUGGGAAGCGCGUUAGAGACACUAUGUGGACAAGCUUUUGGAGCAGGAAAACUUGAUAUGUUAGGAAUAUACAUGCAAAGAUCGUGGUUAAUUCUAAACGUCACCGCGAUUAUUUUAAGUCUUCUUUACAUUUUUGCUGAGCCUCUUCUAAAACUUAUAGGCCAAACAACGGCAAUAUCAGAGGCUGCGGGACUUUUCACAUUAUGGAUGAUUCCUCAGCUCUUUGCUUACGCCAUGAAUUUUCCGAUUCAGAAGUUUUUGCAAGCGCAGAGUAAGAUAAUGGCUAUGGCGUGGAUUUCUGCGGCGGCGUUGGUGGGACACACGUUCUUGAGUUGGUUUCUUAUGUUGCAUUUGGGAUGGGGACUGGUGGGUGCUGCGGUGGUGCUUAAUUCUUCUUGGUGGUUUAUUGUGGUGGCGCAAAUUGUUUAUGUUUUGAGUGGUUCUUGUGGUGAAGCGUGGAGUGGCUUUUCUUUUCAAGCUUUUCAGAAUCUUUGGGGCUUUGUUCGUCUCUCACUUGCCUCUGCUGUUAUGUUAUGUCUUGAAGUGUGGUAUUUUAUGGCAUUGAUUCUAUUCGCUGGAUAUUUGGAGAAUGCAGAGGUUUCAGUGGAUGCAUUGUCUAUAUGCUCAAAUAUAUUGGGAUGGACUGUCAUGGCAUCCAUUGGAAUGAACGCCGCCGUAAGUGUGAGAGUAUCAAAUGAAUUGGGGGCAUCUCAUCCAAGAGCAGCAAAAUUCUCACUUACCGUUGCUGUGAUUUCUUCAUUUCUGAUUGGUCUUCUUCUUUCAUUGAUUUUGAUAAUCUUCCGGGAACAAUAUACUAUCUUGUUUUCAAAUGAUCUAGAAGUGAGAAAAGCAGUGAUUGAGCUAACACCAAUGUUGGCAUUAUGCAUUGUCAUCAACAACAUUCAACCUGUUCUUUCAGGAGUUGCCAUUGGGGCUGGGUGGCAAGCAACUGUUGCUUAUGUAAAUAUUGCUUGUUACUAUCUCUUUGGUAUUCCUUUGGGACUCUUCUUUGGUUUCUAUCUUGACUUUGGUGUCUUGGGGAUCUGGUCUGGAAUGUUAACCGGGACUGUUCUACAAACUCUUGUCUUAUUCUAUAUGGUCUAUAGAACUGACUGGAAUAAUGAGGCAUCACUUGCGGAAGAAAGGAUAAGCAAGUGGGGCGGGCUUAAAGAUGUGAGGACGAACGAUAAUGGAGAGAAUCGUCAGACAAUUGAAACUUCUACAAAUUCUUGAAGCUAAUUAGUGUCUAUGAUAUAAUUGACUUCCUACAAAAAUAGGUAAUCUUGCACAUUGUGGAGCAACUAAUAUGGAUUUACAUUGCGUUAGUGAUUGCAGUUAUCUCGAAAUAUCUCAGCAUUUAUUUGUUAAAUGCUUAUUAUUUGGAAAUGUUUGAAAUUUUGUGCUGGCCAAAUAUUGUAUUGGAAUAUGUUUCUUCAUUUGGUGGUGUAAAAUCGUAGUGCAUUGUGAUCCUGAUCGGUUGAAUGUGAUUUUGAUGGUUUAUGUAGGCCCAAUUUAACUCUAA